AUGGAGCAGGACGAACUAUUGACAGCUACGGAGGACUCGGCCCUCCUCUCCGUGCCAUCUCCCGGCACAGACCGAGGCAGCUGGCCCCUAUACAGGGAUCGCAUAUCUGCAUUCCGACACCACGUCCAACAAUGGCGGACAUUCUACUCCUGCCUGCUGCUCCUCUUCCUGGUCGACGCCCCCAUGUUUAUGGGCGAAGGCCCGAGGAUCCGGAUGCUCGAAAUGGCCCUCUGCCGAGAGUACUACCAGACCAGGGACCCGGGCGUGAUCGGGCCCGGCGGGACAGUACCGGAGCGCCUAUGCAAGCUGAGGGACAUCCAAAGCCCUCUCACGCGCUUGCGGGGCUUCCUCGGCCUCCUGGAGGGCCUGCCGGGCCUUUUGUUCGCCGUACCAUACGGCAUACUCGCCGAUGCCCGCGGCCGGAGGCUGGUCGCCGGCGCGUGUCUGCUUGGUUUCAUCCUGAGGGACGUCUGGACAUUUACCGUGCUCUACUUCUACGAAACCUUUCCCUUGCGGGCCGUUUACGCUGCACCGACUUUUGUGCUACUCGGGGGAGGGACGACGCUCUUCGGGCCGAUGAUAAUGGCGAUCGUCGCUGCUACUGUCCCCGAGGUGUUCAGGACCCAAGCCUUCUUUUACGUCCACGUUGUGAUCCUUGUCUCUGAGAUGGUCGCGCCGGCGAUAGGCGUGCUACUUCUAGAUGCAAUUGGGCCGCACCUGACCUUCCUCGUCGGAACACCAGUGAAAGCGCUUGGCUUCAUUGCACUAUUUUUUAUCAAGGAGAAGGCCAAAGAAGCAGAUGACGGGAAUCCUGAUUCAGCUGGGGAGGAAGCUGAGCCAACAACGCAUGGAAAGAUACCGCGGCCACUGGCAAAUCUGAUGCGUUACAUUCGUAACGACAUAGGUUCUAUCUUAACAAACCGACUUGUACUUAUCGGUCUCCUCUUCCUGCCAGUCCAGAAGCUGAGCCGGCCGAUGCUAGAGCUCAUCCUGCAGUACACGUCUUUCAAAUUCGGGUGGCCACUUAGCAGGAACAUGAAUCCUAACUCGUCUGUAAUGCUUUCCGCAGUUAUGAUCAUGAAUGUGUUCGGCGCCGGAUUCGCCUCGGCGAUGCGGUCGUUCCUGACAUCUCUCGUCUCCAGGGCUAAUAUUGCCCUGCUGUACACGACCAUGGCCCUCUUUGAAGGCACCGCGGUGCUGGGGGCCGCGCCGCUGCUUGGGCUGACGUUCUCUGCCGGGGUGGAGCUGGGCGGCUUUGCGGUGGGACUUCCCUUCUUCGUCUCUGCUGGUGUUUACGGACUGGGCGCAAUAGGAGUCUGGGAUGUUGUGAAGUGGAAGGACACAGAGGGCCUCCAGUUGCGCCUCACCGAUUUGCUCGCCGGGAUAUCACUGGAUGAAUACUUGUGGCUGACGGAGGAUCUGAUGUCCAACGAGAGUGACGGCGCUAGGAACAAGCAGCCCUAG